AUAGUCUCUUCGAGUUCCCGUAAUGAACAAGGAAAUGCAACAUCUGCAGUGAGAGUGACCACCACAAUGUUUUAUUCUUAAAAGUUUCAACGAAAUGUCAACAACCUGCUGCCCACGGCUAAGAAUGAGAAUACCAAUAUACUGACAAGGUAUUUAGGUCACUGGAGUGUAAACAUACUUAAAACAAACAUUUGGUAACACACCGGUGGUAAGAAAAACGAUGGCAUUUCCACCAGUGACACAGAAACUCUCAGGUCUGGCCCAGAUCACCGAGAAUCUUUACCUUGGAAGUGCCAGGGCGGCUAGUGACAGUGCAGUCGUGUCCUGCCUCCAGAUCACCUGCAUCAUCAACGCCACUGAGAACACUGUGAACAACGCCACACCAGCCGUUGAACACAUUCGUAUACCAGUUGUGGACUCACCUUCGACACAAAUGAUAGACCAUUUUGACGCAAUUGCUGAUAAAAUUCACUGUGUCGAAGAGCAGAGGGGUCGGACGUUGGUACAUUGCAACGCUGGUGUGAGUCGGUCUUCAACGCUUUGUCUGGCGUAUUUGAUGAAGUACAGAGACAUGUCGCUGAUCGAGGCCCACGGUUGGGUCAAAGCUCGCAGGCCAAUAAUCAGACCAAACAGCGGUUUCUGGAAACAGCUAAUCGAGUAUGAGCACAAGCUUCGUGGAAUCAGCACUGUCAGAAUGAUAAUGUCAUCUGUUGGAGAAUUACCCGACCUUUACGAGAAGGAGGUUAAAGAUAUGGUUGCCCUGAGAAAUCUUUUUACAUAGGCACAAUCUGUUUUUAAAACUAAGAUUUUGAAAUAUUUUUAUAGUGUUUUAUUUUACUCAAGUUAUCUCGCUGAGUUGAGACAUUAUGUUUUUAUUUAUUUUUAGCAUUUAUAAUAUGUGAUUUUAUUAAUUGCCUACAUUAGCCCAUAAUAAAAAUGGAAACAAC